AUGGGAAAUGCGAAAAUUGAAGGAAUGAAUGAUGACUUGCACCUGGUAGGGAAUCAGUACAACAUUGCAAGUACUCUUUUCUUUGUCCCUUAUAUUAUAUUUGAGAUCCCGUCGAACAUACUUUUGAAGAAAUUCCGUCCCAGCUUAUGGUUAUCGUUCCAAGUCAUCACCUGGGGAAUAGUGAUGACCUGCAUGGGCUCAGUUCAAGGCUUUUCAAGCCUCACGGCUUGUCGAGUAUUGCUGGGGCUAUGUGAGGCAGGAUUUUUUCCCGGUGCAGUAUAUUUGGUCACUCAGUGGUAUCCCCGCCACGAAAUCCAACAACGCCUGGCCCUUCUAUACACAGCGUCAGCCAUUUCUGGGGCAUUCAGUGGUCUUCUGGCCUACGGCAUCUCUAAUAUGGGAGGCCUCGAAAACAUUGCUGGCUGGCGUUGGAUCUUCAUUAUUGAAGGUUUGGUACCAGUGGCAUUUGGUCUUGGUUUACCAUUUCUGCUUCCAGACGGGCCGGAGACUGUGAAAUGGCUGACACCAGAAGAGAAACGUUUUAUCGACCUCCGGUUACGACAAUCUGGUGUAUGUUAUGCUGAGGGUGAGGGUGAUAAAUUCUCAUUUUCUAUGCUUCUCGGCACGAUGCUAGAUUGGAAAAUCCUUCUGGGCGUGCUGUUGGCCAUGGUGAAUGCGGCUCCGAACGCAGCAUUUUCCUAUACCAUGCCAACUAUCAUUAACAAACUGGGAUUUGAGGCGUCAAUGGCGCAGCUUUUGACUAUCCCACCGUAUUUCUGCGGUGCUCUCUCAAGCUGGUUCAGUGGCCGCCUUGCGGAUCGUUUUACUUGGCGGUUCCCCUUCAUCAUUGCGCCCAUGGUCCUGAUGCUUAUAUCUUUCAUUUUGCUUUUUACCCUUUCGUCCGAUAUCGAAUUAUACAAAGGCGCCAUGUAUUUUUCGAUUGUUCUGGCCCAAAUUGGCAUCUACCCUUUGCUCCCCGGUAUCUCGGCGUGGACUGGGAACAACCUCCCUCAAUCUUGGAAACGGUCAAUUGGAAUAGCUUGGUUGCUAGCUGCUGGAAAUAUCGGAAGCUUCAUUGGCACGAAUAUUUUUCUUGACAAGCAGGCGCCGCACUACAUUCUCGGUUACGGCGUAUCGAUCGCUAUCAUCAGUUUGGGAAUUGUCACCUGCUGCGUUCUUGAGUUGUGUCUUUGGCGUCUUAACCGGAUCAAGCGCUCUAUUUCCGAACGUGAAGUUCGAGAGGAGUUUACAAAUGAGCAGCUAACUGCAAUGGGGGAGAAGAGCCCUCUUUACCUUUACACGCUCUAA